AUGUUAUUAUCUGGUGGUAAUGAAUGUGUACUUGUUAAAUGGGUUUAUCGAAAAAGUGAACGAACAUUUCGACCACGAGUUGGUGCACCAAUAAUUCAUCUUAGUCUUCAUGUUAUUGGAAGUAAUUUAUCAAUUCAACAAACAAUCAGUGGAAUUAAUCAUAUGUUUCUUCCUCAACAAGCUUCUUUACCAGCUGCUAAAAACGGUAAAAAUUCGAUAUUCAUACGUGUUAUGCGUCAAGAAUCAAUUGUUCUGAAUAGUGGAAAACCUGCUUAUCUUCAAUUUAUCUCAAUUAAUAACGGAAAAUUACUUUAUUAUUUGGAUAUUGUUCAAGAAAAUGAUGUUUCACCAAACGAUAUAACUGAUCAAUGUCUUUUUACAGAUAUUAAACGUUUAGCUAUUGAUCGAACAGAUAAAUGGUUAGGUUUAAAAACAUUUGUUGAUGAUGAUAAUGAUAAAUAUUUAAUUCCAAUAAAUGGAAAAUUAGAAGUAUCAAAUGAAGAAAGAACUAUUUUACCAAAUCUAAAUGGUCAAUCUCAACAAUGA